CCCGAGCGUCACCGAUGGGCCUGUAACAUUGCACAGCCGUACGGAAAACGGGUCUGCAGUUUCUCCAAAGCUGAAACAGGCUCCCCAUGUGACCCAGCACUUUGUCUCCCACAUGGCUCCCAGAAUAAUGGAAUGCCGGGACCGAGCAGAUGUUCGUGUGCCCAGAUGAGUAACCCGGAGCCCCGAGAGGAGACCUCACCUGCCCAAGGGCACUAGCCCAGCCAACAUCAGCCAGGACCCUGGGAGGAGCCCCAGUCUCGGCCUCCUGUGCUGAGACCCCAGCACCAUGUUUGGGAAAAGGAAGAAGCGUGUGGAGAUCUCGGCACCAUCCAACUUUGAGCACCGCGUGCACACGGGCUUCGACCAGCAGGAGCAGAAAUUCACAGGGCUGCCCCGCCAAUGGCAGAGCCUGAUUGAGGAGUCAGCUCGCCGGCCCAAACCCCUGGUUGACCCUGCCUGCAUCACCUCCAUCCAGCCCGGGGCCCCCAAGACCAUCGUGCGGGGCAGCAAAGGUGCCAAGGAUGGGGCCCUCACACUGCUGCUGGACGAGUUUGAGAACAUGUCGGUGACACGCUCCAACUCCCUGCGGAGAGACAGCCCGCCACCCCCAGCCCGGGCCCGCCAGGAGAACGGGAUUCCGGAGGAACAGGCCGCAGGGGCUAGAGGGGGCCCCGAGAAGGCGGGCAGCCGGGGCCGGAUCGCAGCAGGGCACAGCGAGGCGGGCAGCGGUGGUGGUGACAGGCGGCGGGCAGGGCCAGAAAAGAGGCCCAAGUCUUCCAGGGAGGGCCCAGGGGGGCCCCAGGAGUCUUCCCGGGACAAACGCCCCCUGUCCGGGCCUGACGUCGGCACCCCCCAGCCUGCCGGUCUGGCCGGUGGGGCGAAGCUGGCAGCUGGGCGGCCCUUUAACACGUACCCGAGGGCUGACACGGACCACCCAGCCCGGGGUGCCCAGGGGGAGCCUCACAGCAUGGCCCCUAAUGGGCCAUCAACGGGCGGCCUGGCUGUCCCCCAGUCCUCCUCCUCCCGGCCUCCUGCCCGAGCCCGCGGCCCCCCCAGCCCUGGAGUGCUGGGUCCCCACGCCUCCGAGCCCCAGCUGGCCCCUCCAGCCCGCACCCUUGCUGCCCCUGCUGCCCCCGCCACCCCUGCCGUCCCCGGGCCACCCGGCCCACGCUCGCCACAGCGGGAACCUCAGCGAGUGUCGCAUGAGCAGUUCCGGGCUGCCCUGCAGCUGGUGGUGGACCCCGGCGACCCUCGCUCCUACCUGGACAACUUCAUCAAGAUCGGCGAGGGCUCCACGGGCAUCGUGUGCAUCGCCACUGUGCGCAGCUCAGGCAGGCUGGUGGCCGUCAAGAAGAUGGACCUGCGCAAGCAGCAGAGGCGCGAGCUGCUCUUCAACGAGGUGGUGAUCAUGCGGGACUACCAGCACGAGAACGUGGUGCAGAUGUACAACAGCUACCUGGUGGGCGACGAGCUCUGGGUGGUCAUGGAGUUCCUGGAGGGUGGCGCCCUCACCGACAUCGUCACCCACACCAGGAUGAACGAGGAGCAGAUCGCCGCCGUGUGCCUGGCUGUGCUGCAGGCCUUGUCCGUGCUCCACGCCCAGGGCGUCAUCCACCGGGACAUCAAGAGUGACUCAAUCCUGCUCACCCACGACGGCAGGGUGAAGCUGUCAGACUUCGGUUUCUGUGCCCAGGUGAGCAAGGAGGUGCCACGGAGGAAGUCGCUGGUCGGCACACCCUACUGGAUGGCCCCAGAGCUCAUCUCCCGCCUUCCCUAUGGGCCAGAGGUGGACAUCUGGUCACUGGGAGUAAUGGUGAUCGAGAUGGUAGAUGGCGAACCCCCCUACUUCAACGAGCCGCCCCUCAAAGCCAUGAAGAUGAUCCGGGACAACCUGCCGCCUCGACUGAAGAACCUGCACAAGGUGUCACCAUCCCUGAAGGGCUUCCUGGACCGCCUGCUGGUGCGGGACCCCGCACAGCGGGCCACGGCGGCUGAGCUGCUGAAGCACCCCUGGCUGGCCAAGGCGGGGCCGCCUGCCAGCAUCGUGCCCCUCAUGCGCCAGAACCGCACCAGAUGAGGCCCAGCACCCUGUCCCUGAACCAAAGAGCCCCUUGGGUCACCCAGCCCUGCCAAGGCCAGGAGGGGGCUGGCCCCAUGCUCCUCCCAGCCAGGAGACACUCCACGUGGCACCGCCCUUGCUGGGGACAUGAGGCCCUACUACUGAACUCCGGUAUUGAUUCUGUGACUUUUAAAGAGACAUGGGGACUUGUGGGAGCAAGUGUGGCUCUCAGGACUCCACCUUCCCAGCAGCCCUCCCAUCACUGGAAAUCAACAGCGGGGUCACUGGGAGCCAAGAGAACACUAUGAAAGGUGUGUGUGAGUGUGUGUGCGCACGUGUGCGUGUGUGCAUGUGCGAGUGUGCAUGUCUGUACGCCAAAGGUGCCGCUGCCCUGUCCUCCAGCCUGCACGUGGGUGUCUGAGACCUUGCCUGACAUCCAGCUUCCCCCCGGCAAGGUGGGGGUGGCUUGUGAAUGUCUGCAGAGUGGCCUUCUUCUGUAGCCCUGCACACCCUUCCUGCAGCUGGAUGGAAGACAGGUCGGGGUCGGGGCCUCCCCUGCACCCCAGCCUCGGUAGCAAUGACUACUGCACCAGACAGCCUCUUUUCUAGAAGUCUAUUUAUAUUGCCAUUUUGUAACACUUUAGCCCCUGCCCCACCUGGGGACAGCUGGUCCCUGUCCUGCGGGGUGGCACCAGGGACAGAACCACUGCCUGGAGAAUCAGGUUCCUACCCUGCCAGCCCAGCCCCAUCCCACCCACCC